AUAUGAUAUUUAAAAACAGGCUAAUUUUGCGUGAAUGAUUCAUGUGCCACAUUUCACCGAAUGAAAAUUGUGGAUUGGAUUGACUGAACAAAAAGAUCAAUAUUCAAAUUAUUCCCAACAUUUUCUUCUUCUUGGAUGUCAAAUGUCGAAUUAUCUCAUAGUUGAUCUUUUACACCUAAUCUUGGUAUUCCUUGUGCCAAUAUACACUGUUUUUGUCUGUUCCUGCAACAAUCGUGCUCGGCAACAAGUGCAUCUUGAAAGAAGACAGGCUCUCCGGGAGCGUCAACGGCAAGCAGUUCUAUCUGGGAAAAGUGUUCGAAGUGUCAUUGAAACAGAAGUUGAAACUGAAGCAACUCAAUGUCCCUCGUUUAUUUGUGUUGGAAAACUUUCGCCACGUCUUAAGGAUCGAAAUUAUGCAUACGAGAGAAUUGAUUUGAUUGAUGCAACAAGUGAGAAAAUGGAUCACGAGAAGCCACCAAUUGAUUGUCGAUCCAUCUAAAAAGAGCAUGAAAAGUGUGACGACAAACAAUGGAAUGAAUGUCCAAUGUACGGAUAUUGUAUCCAAUGAUUUCGAACUCUCCACUACAUCAUCUCGUUCCUACAUCAGUUCACUGGUAUAACAAUACGAUGAAACAGAAGUUUUUUAAGGUUUUUGAAUAAAGGUUUUU